UUCUUUGAACUCUAUUUUCGUGAUGUAAUGUGAAAUUUGAAUGAAUAAUGGUUCCUUUGGAUUCGAAAAGUUAUUUUUAGAUGUUAGAGUACGCAAUUACAGCUGGGUUUGUUUGUGUAGUGUUUAUAGUAGUUAUUUAAAUUUGGAACACUCAAAGGAUUCUCUUUGAUUGGUUGGUGAAGUGGUAGUCAAGUUUACUUCCUGUUGAUUUAUUUAUAAAUUGUCUGUGAGUGAUGGUUCUUUUUAAUUUUUUUUCUUUACUGUAUUGAGAACGUAAAUUAAUUACGAUUUAGUAUUUAUUAUCUUAUAGUUGCUAUAUAAAAGUUUUGUGACUGUAAUUAAGGAGCGGUGCGGCGCGAUAAUGCGCGCGCGCAGAUAAUACACAGCCGUCCCAACAUUGCUCUGACUACCGUGUAAGAAUGGCGUCGGUGUGGAAGCGACUGCAGCGGGUGAACAAGCGAGCUGCCAAGUUCCAGUACACCGCCUCCUACCAUCGCGUAGAUCUUGAGACCUCACCGAAAUGGAAGCCAAACAAACUGAGUGUGGUGUGGACGAGGCGGUCCAGGCGGGUGAUCACAGACCCAUUGGAAUGGGAGCCGUCGCUCAAAGAUCCACUCAAAGGGUCCGUCAUAUACACGGUGCCAGAGAACCGCACGGUGGCGGUCACGCUGUUCAAGGACUCGCGCACCAACGAACUCGAGGACAAAGACUGGACGUUCGUGCUUGAAGAUGUAUCAAUAACAGGCAAGCGGCGCCGCCUGGGCGUGUGUUCGAUAAACAUGCGCAAGUUCGCCAGCCUGGAGCCGUCGCAGCGCGCGCUGGUACUCACGCUCGAACCCACCACACACAAGGUGGUGGCCAUGUCUCUGCACCUCACUCUACAUUGUGUCUUACUCAGGGAGGGACAGGCUACCGACGAAGACAUGCAGUCCCUGGCGUCCCUCCUCUCAGUGAACAACAACUCCGACAUCGCCGUGUUAGAGGACCUGGACGAGGACGACUACACGCUGUCCGAUAACUCUACUAGACAGAUGUUGGAUCUCCGACAACAAAUGGAAGAGAUGACCCAAAGUUUAACAAACAGUGACAUCGCGGCGACACCAAACAGCGUACAGAGUCUCAACUUCGACAACUCCCGGACCCCCACAGCCCCCAUCACCCCAGAAACCACGACCCCAACCACACCCGUGCCUUCAGACCCCACACCAAACGACAACGAAGUGUCUAAUGACCCCAUACCAAAAACAAGACCAGAAAUGCUAAGUAAUCUUACAAAAAUGGUCAUGAAACCAGAACCUAAGUACUUUUCGACCCCCAAAAUGAAUAAUGUUAUUAAUAAUGAGCCUAAAAGUGAGAUAAAGGGGGUUGGUUUUAAGCCUAAGACGGUGGCGAUGAGGAAUUUAAAGCCUUUGGAGCUGAAGACCAAUUUGAACAGUAUUAGUUUAGAUAGGAAUGAGAAUGAGAAAGAGGAAGAUAGUGAUAAGACUCCUACUGCCGCUGAUAUGGAGAAACUCUUUCCUGGAAAGUUUGAUAAGGAUAAAACGCCGGUACAAGACCUGCUAGAAUGGUGCCAGUCGGUGACCCGCGAGUACCGCUCGUGUCGGGUGACCAACCUGACCACCAGCUUCCGCUCGGGGCUCGCCUUCUGUGCCAUCAUACACCGGUUCCGACCUGAUCUCAUUGAUUUCUCCGGCCUGCAGCCUGACGAGGCGGAGAAGAAUCUCCGCGUGGCUCUGGAAGCCUCCUCCAAGCUCGGCAUAUCGCAAGUACUGACUGCCGCCGACGUAUGCUCCCGGCAGAUACCUGAUAGACUCGCCAUAAUGACAUAUCUAUUCCAACUGCGCGCACAUUUCACCGGCAACGAAUUACAAGUAGAACAAUUAGGUAACGACGAGACGGAAUCAUCGUACUUGGUAGGGCGCCACGACACGGACGGCUCCAUACCGCAGGAACUGUUCAGUCGGGAGAUCAGCACUCGAAGGUCCAGGAAUAUGAUGGACAGGCCGCGGCCAGGUUCACAAGAGUCCCAAGAAUCCAGAGCCUCAGUAGAGCGGUCUACUCCUGAACAGCCGUCUCCGGGAGGAAGGAAGGAUGUGAGGGACCUCCUCCAUCAGUCCAAGGCCAUACUUGGCAAGGUCCUGUCUCCCGCCAGGGACCAUAAACCCAGUGCCAAGUGGUUCGCUGAUCCACUUAAGGUUAAUGAGCCACCCCCAGUGCGUCCGGAGAAGUUGAUGACCCGCAAGGAGCUGACGGAUCCAUUCGGGUCUGAUGAGGAGGAGGAACCACAGGAACCACCGGCUCCACAGCCAACGAAUAAUGGAAACAAUGGGAAUAAUGGAAACAAUGAAAUUGUAACACCUCAACCGGACACGAAACCAUCAGAACCGGUUACAACAACAGAUCCGUUAACUCAACCGGAACCAGAUAACCGGGUAACCGCGCCACCGAAACCCACAACACCGGAGCUACCUAAACCGACACCGCAAUUGUUAUCGCGUCAUGAUGAGUUGAAAGAGAGAGCGAGACAGCUGCUUGAAGCUACGAAAAGGGAGGCGAGGGAAAAGGACAGAAAAUUAAGACAGAAAGAGAAAGAAGAGAAAGAGAAUGGACAUAGGAAUGGGGAUGUGAGUCCUAAAAAGCCAAUGACGGAGGAAGAGAGACAGGCGAUGUUGCGAGAAAGAGCGAGAAAACUCAUCGCUGAUGCUAGAGCCGGUAUUGUUAGUCCGACGUCACCCCUAUCCCCCUCGCGGAACUCUCGCUCGGGCACCGUCGAGAUCAUCAGCAAGCAAUCCGUCAUGGAUGAAAUUGUUGCAGCUGGUGGCGUGGAGCAGUUGGACGCGUUACUGGGCAGGACGGAGUCUCUGCCCUCCACGCCGGGCUCCAGGAAGAGCUCCGUCAGCCCCGAUAGAUCUGACGACCGGCAUAGUUCGGACAGCCGCAGUAUAAAGUCGGUGUCGCUGAGCGCGGGCCGGCGCUCCCCGCUGCAGUCCUUCGCAGCCAUCGUCGACACCCUGCCCGGAGACGACCUACAUGAUGCUGAAGAGGGCAAGGAGUCGGGCUCGUACAUCCAGAGCGAGCUGGAGGCGCUGGAGCGCGAGCAGGGCGCCAUCGACGAGCGAGCCGCCGCGCUGGAGAAACAGCUGCGGAGGGUCAUGGAGUCCGCCGACAAUACCGAGGUAUACUCCUGUACUCACUUAUAUUCACACAGUCUUACUAUACGCGAGCAGGGCGCCAUCGACGAGCGAGCCGCCGCGCUGGAGAAACAGCUGCGGAGGGUCAUGGAGUCCGCCGACAAUACCGAGGAGGAGGACCGGCUGAUGUCCCAGUGGUUCAACCUGGUGAACAAGAAGAACGCGCUGCUGAGGAGACAGAUGCAGCUUAAUAUACUUGAACAAGAGGAGGACCUGAGCCGUCGCUGCGAGCUGCUGGCCCGCGAGCUGCGGCUGUCGCUGGGCGUCGACGAGUGGAGGAAGACGCCCGGACAGAAGCGGAGGGAGCGGCUACUGCUGCAGGAACUACUAUCCGCUGUGAACGAGAGAGACAGGCUAGUGCAAGAAAUGGAUGAGCAGGAGAGAGCAAUAGCAGACGACGACGAAAUAGAGCGCAAUCUAUCUCAAGUCGAAAUCCAAAGGAAGAACAACUGUAUCCUACAGUGAACACCCUGUAUACCAGUGUAUUGAAGCACCCUGUAUACAGGUAUAUCGGAACACCAUGUAUACAUGUAUAAUUGAAACACCCUGUACAUCGUAGUACAUAUACUAUACUAACACGAGAUUUUACAUCAGUGGACUUUUUGAGAUUGAAAUAAGUUAUUUAAAUGUAGUUCAGAACGUGUGUCGUGGUUUGAUUCCCGUCGCAAGUAUUUUUGACACUCCCUCUCGCCUUACCCAGGGCGGGAGAAGUCAUUGGAUGAUUUUACCCCCUCAAAAAAAGUAUUUUUGGAUUUACAAACAUGCAAUUUCACACCUCAGACCCGAAACAACAAUUCGUUAAGUUGCGUUGAUUCAAGUUGCUCUAUGCGGGAAUCGAACCCUCUGUCUACCUUUUUAAAGAAAUAUUACGUUGAAAAAUAUAUUUUUUCUUUAUGGUUUUCCAAUUAAACAUUUCAAAAGUACCUAUUUAUGGUUUCGGAAUAAAUGAUUUGAUUUUGACUUUGCCUUUUCUCAAAUAGUUCACUGGUGAUAAAAUCAUUAAUUAAAGAAAAGUCGUAACACUUAUUUAUUAUUUAAUUUAAUUUUUAAAUUGUAAAUGUUUUUAUUUUUAUGCUACAAUUUCAUUUUCAUUGCAGUAUAUACGUAUCGCGCUAUAGAAUGGGAUUUUCACUUUUAAAUAUUGUAUGACUGCAUCGUUGGUCGAGUGGUCGCAAGUGCGACUGCCGAACAAGGGGUCUCGGGUUCAAUUCCUGUGUCGGCCAAAAUAUUACUGGGCAUUUUUAGAAAAUUUCUCAGUAGUAGGACGGAGUCUGAAAUUGUGCCUAGUAUAUGGCAUUAGGCUCACACCCUAUUACAUGGGACUUAUAACACAAAUGGUGAAAAGUGGGUGUACAUUGUACACUGAAUAACCGACGCAACCUCACGCCUUUUAUCCCCGAAGGGGUAGCAGAGGUGCAUAUUAUUAUAUAUAACCGAAUGGGGUAUCGGGUUCGAUUCCCGGGCAAGGGGUUGUCCGGCAGUCGCACUUGCGACCACUCGACCAACGAGACGGUUUAUAAAUAAUGCGUAUAUUAAUACAUUUUUGAAUACAAUGACGACGUUUAAUUUAUUACUCACAAGAUGUCGUUGGUGUAGUAAGGUCCUAUAAGCCCAAUCAGCUAUCAAUAAUUUGAUUUUACAUUAACAAAAAAUGUUGUAUUGGGUAGUAGACUUAAAGCGACACCAGCGCCUCAAGUGGCGCGGAAAUGAAUUAAAAGUGUAACUUAUUUGAAAAAUUGUAUGAUAAAAAAUUACAGUUUUUUAUAAUUCCAAUUAUAUUUGAUAAUUUAAUUAUUAUGAAUAAUUAUUGUAAUAAUAUUAUUUGGACGUGCUUCAUUGGCAUAAUACAUAGUUGAUGUUAUUAAAUUGGUGAGUUAGGUUAUGUACGCACUUGCGAUUUGUCGGUGGCGAUUAACUAAUUUUUUUAUGUGAAUGAAAUUUAACAUUUCACAAUUUUGUCGAUGUUUCUUCCAUAUCUAGAUAUCUAUCUGCGAUUAAACGCCGCCGACAAAUCGCACGUGUCACUUAAGAUUACAUUUUGGCCUCAGUCGUGGGACGGAUAAUACUCAAAAUAAUUGUUUCCUAUAUAUUUUUAUAUGUUCACACACGACUACAUAUGAAGUUAUACAUAACCAGUUUACUAUGGUCUCGCUUUGUAUGAUCUUUCCACACAUUCGACGGUCAGUUUAAAACAAUAGGGAUGAUGACGGGGUAUGAAAAUUAAAAAUCUAUUUAGUCCGUCAGUUAGGUAAUGAGAAAAUAUUAGACACGUAUUUUUUUAUUUUGUCAUAUAAGAUAACAAUGCUUAGAUGAAACGAAUCAAAGUUCAGGAGUGGGCGCAAAUACGUAAUUUCUACGUAUAAAACGUACCUAGAAGUGACGUCUCGCGAUAUUUCAAAUCGAUAUAUCUUUGAAAGUAUUUGUUUCCAUAAGAAAAUAAAAAAUACGUGUCUAAUGUUUUAAAAUAAUCUAUAAGGCGGACAUUUAAAUUAAAAUUAGUCAUCUAUCCAUCGAUCCCUAAUUAACCAGUUUACCAUGGUCUCGCUUUGUAUGAUCUUUCCACACAUUCGACGGUCAGUUUAUAUUGGUUGUAUAACUUGGUGUGUCGCCGUGUGUGUGCGAGUAUUUUAGCAUUUGUCUCUGUAUAGUUUUUUGGUUCUAAACUAAAACAAAAUGUCGGUCAACAUACGAUGCGAUUAGUCGUACCUUUGUAAAGGUAAGAAUGAUCUUUGUCGUUCCGCAGUAACUUUUUAAAUAAAUUAUUGUUUAGUAUUUGUCAAUUUUCAAAAUCAUAAAUUUGAUGGUUUUCAAAAUUAUAUUAAGCUGAAGAGAUUUCAUCUUUGCUUUGUGUCAUAUCAGUGAAUAAAUUCUUACUUUUACAAACUGUCGACUAAAGUAGUUUUUAGUCGAAUUUAAAUCGCAUCGUGUGUCGCGUCUUAUGUGCGUGUUUAGAACCAACCCUUAGGUUUAGCUUAACGUAUAUGGCUUAAUUUUAUUUUUGGUAUAGGUUUACCAAAGAAUAUUUUUUUAUUAAUCCUAACUAUCCCCCUCCCCCCUUUUUUUAGAUAGAAUGGUGAUAUUUAAGUACAAUUUUGCCAUAGUCAAUGGAUUCUUGUAACGCUAUGGUUUAAAGUUAAUUUUAUAUUUUUUUAAGUAGACAUUUUUUUUAAGCGAUCAAUUUUUUUUUAUUUAAAUGUAAAUAAUAGCGUAUUUUAUUUAGUUAAAGAUAUUUAUUUUUACGCGACAAAAUAAAAUCUUGCCUUGAAUGUUCAGUAUUUGAUAAAUCGGGAUGUGGAUCUAAAUUGUCUGAGGAACGGACGAACGCUGCGACAAGUCGUCAAACUUUAUUAUUACAUAAUUUAGUCAAACCAGUCCAAGUCAUUUAUUAUUUAUUAAGUCGCUGUUUCUAUUCCUUACUUUUUUUUAAAAGUCGCUGCGACUUGCGACUUGUCGCACGUUUGUGUCCAACUUAAUCGGCCGGUGCUAAAUUAUACCACGUGAUCAGACUUCACAAUUUGUGCAAUUUUUACUAAACGACGUACGUUUAUCUUAUUAUUAAAUAAAUAAUGUAAAUAUUUCACGCUGGCUACCCUAAAGUUCUAUUUAAUAAAAAAACAAUAAUUUGACAUGCAAUAUUAAACAAAACCUUUAGUAUGAGUUUGUUUUACGUAAAACGACAUCAAAACGAGAAAACGUUGGGCGCUCUGAUUAGUUGGUUUAUUUCAGCCGGCCAAUCAGAAUGCCGAACGCGCUCUCAUUUCGAUUAUUUUAAACGUAAAACAAACUCAUACUUAGCGUAUGGAACUGAAAAUAAUUAAUGAGAACAUUAUAACAAAGUGAGGCCUACAGUAAUGAAAAAAAAAAGCUUUCCAAAGAGAGAGCCUCAUAACCAUUUUAAAAUAAAAAUUCUAACAAUAUCAUUACAACUUGAAACGGGAUAUUUACCAAGUUUAUUAUUUUUGUGAGUUUCCGAUAUUUCGGCACUGUUGCAAGCACCAUAAUCACGGAUGAUUCCAAAAAACUUAUAAAAUUCUAAAAUACCAAAAAGAGGGUACAUGAACAUUUUCACCGACAAAUUUUUCUACGACUACCCUCAAAUAGAACUUUAGGGUUGCCAGCGAUUUUUUUUGUAAAACGUAAGUUAUGCGAUAUUUUGCAAACUAAGGCUUAUAAAUAAAUAAUAAUAAAAUGUAUGUACCUACACAUUUCAAUGUAGAAAUUACAAUUUGUGUGGAUUGUCGAUUUUUAGUGUGACGUCACUUUUUAAGGGAAAUUUACUUGGGUUUUAUAUGUUAGAGGAAUUUAAAGGUACUUGGUUAUUAAACACUUUUUAUAUAGUUAUAUAAUUAAUGCUUUGGCACGUAUGGGCCGGAUCGACCGGAUUGAUACCACGGCCUCACAGAAUACCGACGUGAAACAACGCUUGCGUUGUGUAAGUGAGGUUACCAGAGGCCUAAUUACCCCCCUUCUCAGUCUUCCCAAUCCCCGAUUCCCCAAUUUAAUUCCUAAUUCCUAAAAGGCGGGCAACGCACUUGUAACGCCUUUGGUGUUUGGGAUGUCAAUGGGCGGCGGCGAUUGCUUACCAUCAGGUUUAAUUUCUAUUCUUUAAAUAUCUAGAGGAGGGUAAUUAAAGAUUUUUAGGCAAACAGUGCCAUAAAUCACUAUGACAAAAAUCGGUUAAUAGAUUUUGAACCUUAUUGCAAAAAGAUUAAUAUUGAAAAUCUAUUAGACAUGAUAAACUUGUCGUAAUUUGUAAUUAUUAUCAAGAUUUUCUUUAGAGAAUUGAAAAUUAUAGUGGUAUUGUAACAAUCAGGACGUAUUUAAUUUUGAACUUUAAAUGGCUGACUUUAAGAUAAAAUGUCUUUUAACAUAUAAACCCAAGUCUCGCGAUAGGAAACUCAAUGUCACAUUAUACCGUGGUAGUUAUUUGUGUAUUUAUUAUUGUACGCGGGCAACACACAUCUCAUACAUUAGUACUAUAAUCACAUAAUUAUAAUAACGUAUAAACUAUUUCAUUAAAAGUAAGACAUAAUAAAAAAUGAUGCCUUUUAAAAUAGAUAUUACAGAUUUCUUUAUAAUCUAUAAUUAAUGUAAAUUAAAUGACGUCAAAGAUUUUUUUGAAUCUGGCAACACUAACUGCGAACUGUCAAAAUGUUUUUUUUUGUUGUUUUUUGAAUAAGAGGCUUUAAGUUUCCUUGCAAACGACUGAUUAUUGUGAUUUUCUUACCAAAUAUAUGAAUAAAAGUAAAAUGUCUGUCUGUAUGUGUUGUGUGUGUGCCUCGAUAUACCAUAGCCUAGAUGCGACACGGUAGUUUGAGCAAUGUAAGCCACGCCAUAAUCGUCUGUACUCGGUAACAACGCUACUAUUUAUAAAUAUGGACCGUAAUGAAAUAAAGUGAUAUUGUAAAAUA